UAAAAAAAUACUUUGUAGAUCUACGCAGCGACUACUAUCUCACAAAAUGGCAGGUAUUUUACGUGAGCGACACUCAAAUGUGCCUCUUAUUCAAGACGGUAGGAAAUUAAAGAGUCAUGAAACUAUUGAGAAGAAGCCGACAAAGAAAAAGGGUGAAGCUCCUGCGCCACCUGUGAAACGACCAAAAAGAUGUUUUCAUGAGGGCAUGAGAGUAUGGGUUGCAAACAGCAAUACAGCAGACCAGUGCCGCUGGCUAAGAGCUACUGUCACAGCAUCAGGAAAGAAUGGGAAAGUGGGCGUCAGAUUGGAAAGUGGCGAGGUCAUUGAAGUCUCCAGGAGAGAAGACUCACUGCUGCUAGCUGGCAACAACAACUACGCAGAAGUCGAUGACCUCACAAAUCUUUCAUCUCUCAAUGAAGCAGAAGUAUUGGAGAGUCUUGAAUGCAGAUUUCAGAAUGGUCAGAUCUGCAGUAAAGCAGGUAUCACCCUAGUCAGUCUAAACCCGUUCAAGGAGAUCCCUGGUCUGUAUGAUGACACCGCCGUCCAGCGUUGCCAUCAAGAUGGAACGUCCAAGACCGACGCACCCCAUGUGUUUGCAGUGGCUGAGAAAGCCUUCUCCAGCCUGCGCUAUGCUAUAGGUAGCCCCAACCAGUCAAUCAUCGUCAGUGGAGAGAGUGGAGCUGGAAAGACUUGGAACACCAGGUGUUUGAUGAAAUAUCUCACUUCAGUGGCACUAUACAAAAAUCCAGGGGGCUUUUCACCUCCACCUGUGAAGUGCAUUGAGAGGAGGAUAUUGGAUUCAAAUCCUAUCCUUGAAGCAUUUGGCAAUGCUGGCACUGCCCGCAAUCACAACAGCAGUAGGUUUGGAAAGUACAUUCAGCUACAGUUUGACAGGGGUUCUCACAUCAUUGGUGCAUCUAUACAGACCUACCUCCUUGAGAAGACUAGACUUGUUCACCAGGCUGAUGGGGAGACUAACUUUCACAUCUUCUACCAGAUUGUGAAGGAGGCAACAGAGGAACAGAGAGCAGAGUGGGGUCUGACCACGCACACAGGUGAUGAUGUCAUAUUUGCUUAUCUCCCAUUGGAUGAUGGUGGCCCCCAGGGAGCCAAUGAGAAUCAAGUAUUCAGCAGGACUCAGCAGGCUAUGGAGAAUGUGGGCAUGACUCACAUGCACCAGGAACACAUUUUCCAGGUAUUGAGUGGAAUUCUUCAUCUAGGCAAUCUGGAGUUUACAUGUGAUGAGGAGUUUGAUCCCUGUGAAUUAGACGAGGAAGUGAGCCGGGAUUCUUUGGAGCAUGCCUGCAGACUGCUAGGUCUGGAUCCCACCAGUCUGACCACAUCUCUCAUCUACCGUCGCAUCACUGCCUCACACAACAAGCGCCAAAGUGUGUUCAUGAAACCAUGCUCUGUGGAAGAGUCUGGUGUGAGGAGGGAUUGUGUGUCAAAGGUCAUAUAUGCCAGGCUUUUUGAUUGGCUAGUGGCCUUCCUAAACAAGCACACAUCAGCCAAUCAGUGGCAUGCUUUCAUAGGUCUCCUGGACAUCUACGGCUUUGAGAGCUUUGCCAGCAAUAGUCUUGAGCAGCUCUGCAUCAACUAUGCCAACGAGAAACUACAGCAACACUUUGUGACACACUUCCUCAGAGCACAACAGGAGGAAUAUGAGAAGGAAGGAAUUUCUUGGGAUUUCUGCACCUUCAGUGACAACCAGCCCUGUCUGGAGACCAUUGAAGGCAAGCUCAGUGUAUUCUCUCUAAUGAAUGAGGAGUGUCGGCUGAACCGCCAAUCUGACCCGACAUCUUUUGAGGACAAGCUCUUAGCAGCAGUGGAAAGUCCAUUCUUGACCAAGGCUCCUAUGGGUCACCAACAGUCAGCCUUCACCAUCAAACACUUCGCAGGAAUGGUCACCUAUGACUCUCAUGGCUUGAUCGAGAAGACCAAGGAUCCGAUCCCGAUGGAAUUGAUUGAAGUCCUGAUGGCGAGCACGAAUCAGUUUGUGACCAAGAUCAUUCAGCCUGAACAAGAGAGGUUGCAGGAACUUCAGAGCAAGGGUUCCAAAUCAAAAGUCAACAUGACUGUUGUUUCAAGAUUCAAGGAGUCUUUAGGGAGUCUAAUGAACACAUUGACCUCUACUACCCCUCACUACAUCCGAUGCAUCAAACCCAACCAGCAGUGCCAGCCAGACUUGUUUGACAGCCGUUUUGUCGCCUCCCAGCUGAGAGCGUGUGGUGUCUUGGAAACCGUGGCCAUCAGUGCUGCGGGCUUCCCUUCAAAGUUAUCACAUGCAGAUUUCUGUCAGAGAUACAGCAUGCUUCUUCCAAGGAAAGACAGGAAUGGCAUGGGGUCAGUCCGAGACAGGUGUAGACUCAUCUACAGGAGUUUGUUUGGUGGUGAUGAUGAUAAGGAGAACCAGGCAGAUAGCAGCUCUGCUCAGCAGCUUGGCAAGACUAAGAUCUUUCUCAGAGAAGGGCAGUUGGAGUAUCUGGAGAGUCAACGUCUCAAGAAGCUUUCCCAGUGUGCUAACAUCAUCCAGCGAGCCUGGAGACUACACAGAGCUUUGGUGCUAGGAGAGAGAGAAUGGGCUGCUUCUGUUAUACAGGCUGGCUACAGAGGUUGGAGAGUGCGCAAUGCCAUUAAGAUCAUGGAUCAUGCAGCUAGGGUGAUACAGCAUGCCAUGCUGGACUACCUGUUCAAGAAGAGACAGGAGAGACUGGAUGCAUCAGAUUAUGAGGAUGAUUAUGAAGAGGCUUAUGUGGAGGACAUUGAGGAGGAAGAACAACAAGAAGAGAAGGUGGAUAGCCCAUCUAUACCUGCCCCUAAGCCACCCAGGAAGUCUGUCCACUUUGCAUCCAACCUGACCACCGUCCGAGAGAUUUACUCCCCCAGUCCUGUCCCCACCCCAACCCUCACACCAUCUCCCCAGGACCUCGUCCCCAAGAAGAUCGUCUUCACCGAGAACUCACCAGACUUCAAGAGCCUCUCUCCUGUCUCUUAUCAUCAUGGCAACAAGGGAGUGGACAGGAAAGAUGAGGAGAAGGAAGAAGAGAGAGAGAUGAAGGAGAGCGAGGAUGAAGGAGGAGUGAUUGCUACGGUUACCAACAUCUUGAAGAAGCCUGCAGUUGAAAUUGCUUUGGCAGGACUUGUGACGACCUUGUUGAUAACUGGGCCUCUGAGAUGGAGUUAAUUCAGUAUGAUGAUUUUCAAAUGAAAUAACUUUUGUUGAAUCUCUUUAUAAAUGUGUAUCUCAUGGAUACCAUUUGAUGCCUGAGCUAAGAUUUGACAAUUGGUUUAUUGUCUUGACGUUGAGAUAUUAUUUGUGCUCUGUGGUAUUAUCAUUGUGUGCAGCAUGCAGUACUAUUGACAAAGUUUUUAAUAAAAUAAAUUGCUAUACAUGUAUUAAUUGAGGAAGAAAGAGAGAUAGAGGAGAGGGAGGAUGAGAAAAGGGUGAUUGCUAUGGUGACCAACAUCUUGAUCUCUUUCGAUUUUACAGUGAGGACAUUGGCAACAGGACCAAAAUUAUAUUCUUGAAGUAUACCAGAGGCUAUGUCAAAACAUUUUAAACCUUCAUCAUAAAGGCUCGUUCAGAUAAUGACGCAGCAAAUCUGCAACAUUGUUUUUUUAUGACCGAUGUAAAGUGAAAUACACAUCACAUUUCUGUAGCUUAUCACACAGAGCUCAGUGAAUACUUGCGGGACCAUUAUUGUGCGAAAUUGCCUUUCAUCUGAACGUUCCAUUAUUUUGGUUUUUAGCCUAAGCCAACAUGGACCAUGAUAUCGAAAAUGAAAUCCCUUCUUGUUCAAACUUCUUAAUAUACUGACAACAAAGCGAACAGACAUUCGCUGCAGGAUUUAUUUCAUCAAAGAGAAGGGAUUUAGCCAUGAGUUGUGAUUAAAACUUUAGGGGAGGUAGAAGGUUAUGGGUAGGGCUACAUGAAGUGUUAUGUUGAGGGUAAAGUUUGGGGAUUGGGCUAGUGCUGACUGCGGAGUCAACACAGGACUCAAAGUUACCAAAGUUAGUUACCAGUGAAAAUGUAAUUGUUUUCUGGUCAAUGUUGAUAGAUAGGGUGAUGAAACAAUAUCCCCAAACACCAAUAUUUCAAAGUACCAAUAUACAUGUUUAUGUAAAUGGCAGUGCCGAUAGAAUUGCAUGAAAACAAAUGAAAACACUGCCACUGUCUCCUCCGAGUGUACUUUAUGCAUAAGUUAUACUAUAUUUUGGUUGUCGUUCUGCUGUAGAAGUCAUGAUAUAGAGACUUGGAGGUUAAUAUUUACAGAUGUCUUUAUUUGAACAAAUUUUCGUCAUGAUUCAAUGUCAUGAUCCAUCUUGAGAACUCCUAGUCUCGUCUCGAGACUUACAUGAUAUCAACACAAGUUUAAUGGGUCAAAUGUGUUGCUAGCACAUUAAUUCCAGUGGUGUUUGCUUCAUGAGCUUAUCGUGACAUUGUAUGGAUUUCACAUACAUGUACUCUCUUUUUUUAAUUCAGGUGGUGUAUUCCCAUGCUUUUGUAGAAAGAUCAUGCCAUGCAAUUUUAAAGAAUGUAUACUUUUACUGUCGUUUAGAAAGGUCAAUCUUAAUUUUUACACUCGUACUUGUUCGUUUUUCUUUAAUGUAUGAUUUCUACUUGUUCAAAGUGUUUUUAAAGCAAUCAGGAUUAACAUGAUCAUGUGCUAUUGUGUAAAUAAUGUUCUUGGUAAUGGUGCUUUAGACAAUUUCAAUUAAAUCUACAUGUAUAUUGAAAAUAUAUUAUGUAAAGAGACCAAUUCAGAUUAUAUAUUGCCGUCAGAAGAUCAUAGAUGUCAUUAUCCAUUUCAACAAAAAGCAAUGGACUGUACAGUAUAAUAGUAAUAAAACAAAUUGUUUUAAUGCA